UUUUGUUUCAUCUUUUGUGUUUUUGGAAACAGCUUCUCUUGCGAAGCGGGGGGUGGGAACUGCGUACAUUUUCCUUCCAGACAGUAGUGGGUGCGUAGUGCUCUGAGUUGCUCUUUUAUGCUUUUGCUAAUUAUAUGGUCUUAAAGUCGUUGGUCAGAUCGCAAAUUUCUGCUCAAAUUCAUUAGAUCAACGAAGAGAGAGAAACGGGGAAGAGAGAGAUAAGAGUGUGUGUCUGUGUAGAGGCGACGAUUGCUUGUGUCGCUGAAGCCCAGGAACGUCUAUCACCCAGGUAUUUGGACGCUGUCUCUCUCGUUAGAAACCCUCAGAGAACAAUCAUACCAUCAGCAUGAAAGGGGAAAGGAAAAUCCUCUGUAAUUGAUUGAGAAACAUACAUACAGUGUCAAGUUGAGUACUUAAAUGGAGAAGUGAGGCAAGAUGGGUGAAUCUAUGUUUUGGUUGAAACUCUAAAAUGAUGUGAACUAGAUGAUACUCACAUCAACUCCAUUUUUCAAUCUUGGAUUUGUCCUUGUUUCAAUUCUUUUGUACCGUGUCCAUUUAGAACGAUGUCAGAUCUUAGAGGAUUCUGGCCAGAGUUCUUCUUCCUUCAUCUCCAACUUUAUUGGCCAAAACCACCAUUCUGAAUGAUUUCUUGGAGAUUACUCAUCGGCAAUUACUGGUCUGAUUCAAAUCUUUGGAAGCUAGCAGUCUCCAGGAAAUGGAGAAAGGCUUUCUAAUUGCUGAAGAGUCACUUUGUAAGAAGGGGAAAGACAAGGCAGCAAGUGUGGGAUUGAAAAGGAACCAAGGAGGAAUAAAGACGAAGACAAAGUCUACAGCCAGGGAGGGACAGGGGUUAAAAUCUUUUACAGGGGAUCAAGAUGUUCCGGGUGUCACGGUUUCAACUUUUGAUUAUUCUGUUGAGAGCCACUUUAGAGCAAUUGACAUGAUUUUGAAGCUUUGUGGGGAGGUGGGUGAAGAAGCUUUGGGUAUGUGUGAUAUCAAACAGUUGACUGCUGCGAUCACUUUCUUAAGGGAAUGGAAACAUUUCUGUUACAAGCCAAGAGUCAUUAGGUUCAGUUGUGAAACUGGAAGCCCCCAUGGGGAAAAUGUCAUUAAUGGGAUAAACUUACCUCAGUUUUCCUCUGUGACUGUCCCUAAGACAACUAGUAUAUCUGAAGAUUCAAGAUCUUUUCAGUCCACAUCUCCUUGCGAUAAAGAUUUUGUUCUGUAUGUGGGUGGGCCUGUUUGGGCAUUGGAUUGGUGUCCAAGAGUUUGCCAGAGUUCGGACUGUAAUAUUUCUUGCGAGUACCUUGCUGUUGCUGCCCAUCCUCCUGAAUCUCCAUAUCACAAGGUAGGUGCUCCUCUGGUUGGCAGAGGUCUCAUUCAGAUUUGGUGCCUCUUAAAUGUCAAUGUGGAAGAGGAAGGCUUGCCACCUCUGAAUAAGCGAAAAGGGAGACCUAGAAAAGAUGUUUCAAGAGAAUCAACUCCAUUGAGGAAGCCAAGAGGGAGACCUAGAAAAAAUGUUUCAGAAGAAUCCAAUCCAUUGAAGAAGCCAAGAGGGAGACCUAGAAAAGAAAAGCUCUUGGAAGAAACUCCAUUAAAGAAGGCAAGAGGGAGACCUAGAAAAGAAAAGGUCUCGGAAGAAUCACUUCCAUUGAAGAUUCUCAGCAGUAGACCUAGAAAGAAGAAGGCAAUAGAAGACUCAGAUGAUAUAAACAGCAUUAGCCAGUUUGUCCCAGCACUUGCUGUUGAAUUUCCAGAAUAUUCAGCUCAGUUUCCUGCUAACAGCGGGGUGGGCAUGCAUACUAAUGAAAAUGCUAUGCUAAAAGGAUGUGAAACAGAUGCUGUGUUUGGGACAGGACCCCAAGAAUGCUUCAACCAUCAAUUAUCAACUUCUAAAGCAAAUGUGAAAACUCCCCAGCAGAAGAAAAGAACAAAAGAGAAAGCUAGGUUGGGGAGUAAUUCUGAUGGUGGUUGUCAAUCUUUGUCUAACCGCAAUGAGGAUAAAGAACUUUCUGCUGCGGUUUUGCCAGCAAACAAUAGAUCUAUGCAGCUUCUUGCAGCACCUAGUCAGAAUGUGCCAUAUGAUGGGUCCUUGGACGCUGUUUCUACUUGUCUCCCAAAAGAUGUUGCUUUCCCUAGGCUUGUGUUAUGUUUGGCCCACAAUGGCAAAGUUGCAUGGGACGUCAAAUGGCGGCCUUCUGACAUUAAUGAUUUGGCAUCCAAACAUCGCAUGGGCUAUCUUGCCGUAUCGUUGGGAAAUGGUUCGGUGGAAGUGUGGGACGUUCCUUCUUUGAGUGCAAUCAAAAUUCUAUAUUCCUCUUGUUAUAAGGAGGGUACUGAUCCUCGUUUUAUGAGACUGGAGCCAGUCUUCAGGUGCUCAAAGUUGAAGUUUGGGGACAGACAGAGUAUUCCUCUAACACUGGAGUGGUCACCAUCAUUCCCUCAUGAUUUAAUACUAGCUGGAUGCCAUGAUGGAACAGUUGCUUUGUGGAAAUUCUCUGCAAGACAUUCAUCUGAAGAUACAAGGCCUUUGCUUUGCUUUAGUGCAGAUACUGUCCCUAUAAGAGCACUUGCUUGGGCCCCCAAUGAAAAUGACCCAGAGAGUGCAAAUGUUAUAGUCACAGCUGGAAAUGGAGGCCUAAAAUUUUGGGACAUUCGUGAUCCGUAUCAUCCUCUAUGGGACCUGAGUUAUGUACGGAGAGCUGUAUGCAGCCUGGAUUGGCUGGCAAAUCCAAAUUGUGUCAUUUUAUCCUUUGAUGAUGGUACAUUAAGGAUUCUUAGUUUGCUAAGAGCUGCAUAUGAUGUUCCAGUGACCGGAAAACCUUUUGUUGGGACACAACAGCAGGGAUUGAACAGUUAUUAUUGUUCACCAUUUUCAAUCUGGAGUGUUCAAGCGUCACGAUUAACAGGUUUGGUUGCAUAUUGCAGUGCAGAUGGCAAUGUUCUUCAUUUUCAGCUUACUGCAAAAGCAGUGGAGAAGGAUCCUUUACGCAACCGAGCCCCUCAUUUUUUGUGUGGAUCACUGACUGAGGAGAAUUCAACUCUUACGGUCCACACUCCAUUGCCACACGUGCCCUUCCCUAUGAAGAAAUCCCUGAAUGAGUAUGCUGACACCCCAAGAUCUAUUCGAGGGUUUGUGUCCUUGGCAAAUCAAGCAAAAAGAGUUAAUGAUCAAAGAGUAGAUUAUCAAAAUCCAGCAUUGUGUUAUGAGGACAAUUCCAUUGUAGGAGUGGAACCUGAGAAUGCACUAGCUGGGCCAAAUAGCAGAGCAGCAAAGCGGAAAACAAGCAAGAAGAAAAAACCUGAUCCAAACCAAGAAUCUAUAGCUGAAGGGCUGGAGAAUUUUCCCAGGGGUGACAAUGAGAAGGGUGAAACAAGGAGUGAAGUUGAAGUCUUACCUCACAAGGACAUAGCCAUGCAUAGAGUCAGAUGGAAUAUGAACAAGGGUAGCGAAAGAUGGCUUUGUUAUGGAGGAGCUGCUGGAAUUGUGCGGUGCCAACAGAUUGAUGUGUCUUGUGUUGCAAAGAGAAAAGACAUCAAGAAGUGAAAAGACACGAUUUGGCUUUUCUAGCAUGUGCCUUUGUCCCGUUAUUCAGCUGUAUAUAACUUUUUCAUUUUUACUGAAAAUAAAGCAGGUGAUUGAUCGCUGCCA